UUUGUUUGUUUUGAAAGCAGGUGCAGAAACAAAUGGGUGUGUGAAAUGUAUGUUUGUUAACAUCCUGCUAUUUUUAAAGGAAGUGCUGUAUAACAUCAUAUUUUAGACCAACACUGCGAUAAGGCAGUUUCAGUAUCAGAAGGAGCAAGCUAUAAGAGACAAGAAACAGAAUCUAGGGGAAGACCUCUAGGUUUUACACAUCUCCUUGAAGAUUGGAAACCAGACUAUCCUGAUUCGAUGUCCUUGAAUAAUAGCAUGGACUGUUUCAUUAAGCAUGAUCUUGAUCAGUUCUUGUUCCCUAUCGUGUAUAUUACUGUCAUUAUGAUAAGCAUUCCAGCAAACUCGUUAUCACUAUAUGUGUCCUACAAACAUAUAAAAAGGGGAAAUGAGCUUGGCAUCUACCUCUUCAACUUAUCAGUGGCAGAUCUGCUUUACACGCUGACUUUGCCAUUAUGGGUGGAUUACUCUCUGAACCAUGACAACUGGAAGCAUGGGCCUCAUCUAUGUAAGUUGUGCAGCUUUCUGAUGUACACAAACUUUUAUACUAGUGCAGCCUUCCUGUGCUGCAUAUCAAUAGACAGAUACUUGGUGGUUGUUUAUCCCUUAAGAUUCUAUGUUUUGAGAAAAGUAAAAACUGCAGUUUACGUCAGCGGACUAAUCUGGGCUAUUGAAUUAUCAGGUAAUAUUAUUAUAUUGCUGACUGAACAGACUCACAAUGACACCUUGAGCCAUGUGCUCUGCUAUGACAAAUUUCCUUUGGAAGAAUGGAAAGCUACACUUAAUUAUGGGCGGUUCUUUAUAGGGUUCCUGCUGCCAGCAAUGCUAAUGGUAUUUUGCUGUCAAAGGAUUUACAAAGUUAUCAAAACUAAUAUAGCCACCCAAGAUCAUGAUAAGAUAAAGAUUACAAAGUUGCUCAUAAGCAUCGUGGUAGCUUUUUUAAUUUGCUUCACUCCUUACCAUGUUGUUAUGCUGAUUCGGAGCAUAACCGAACCACACAUGUGCGAAGUUGCCAAGAGACUCUCUGUGCCGUACAAAUUAACCAUGGCUCUAUCAAGCUUCAAUUGCAUUGCCGACCCCUUUCUCUAUUCCUUUGUAAGUGAAAGUGCCAGAACAGACAUGCUCACUGCUGUCUCGUUUUUCAAGAAAAAUCCUAAACAACCUAGUGCACUGAAUGGCGUAAAUGCAGUUGAAAAAGGAUAG